AUGGAGCCUGGUAACCACACAAUGGUGACAGAGUUCAUUAUUUUGGGUUUAACAGAGGAUCCUACACUUCGCCCCAUCUUUUUUGUGGUUUUUCUAGGAAUCUAUGCUGCUACUCUGUUGGGCAAUAUCAGCAUAAUCAUGUUAAUCCAAAGAAGCCCUCAACUUCACACCCCCAUGUACCUUUUCCUCAGCCAUUUGGCCUUUGUGGACAUUGGGUACUCCACAUCAGUCACACCCCUUAUGAUUGUGAGUUUCCUAAGAGAGAGAACUACUAUCCCUGUGGCUGGCUGCAUAGCCCAGCUUGGCUCCGAUAUCAUCUUUGGAACGGCUGAGUGCUUCCUGCUGGCUGCCAUGGCCUAUGACCGCUAUGUGGCCAUCUGCUCCCCACUUCUCUACUCUAUUCAAGUGUCUUCCAGAGUCUGCAUCACCUUAUUGGUGGCUUCCUAUCUGGGUGGAUGUGUGAAUGCUUCAUUGUUCAUUGGCUGUUUAUUGAGCCUGACUUUCUGUGGGCCAAGAAAAAUCAAUCAUUUCUUCUGUGACUUCCCACCACUAGUGAAGCUAUCUUGUACCCAUAUUUAUGUUGCUGAAAUAUCUCCUGCCAUCUUAGCUGGAUCAAUCAUUGUAAUCACACUGUUUAUUAUAGUUGUUUCGUAUGUAUACAUCCUCCACUCCAUCCUGAAGAUGCGCUCCACCGAGGGGAGGUACAAGGCCUUCUCUACCUGCACGUCCCACCUCACUGCAGUCACUUUAUUUUUUGGGACCGUCACGUUUGUUUAUAUCAUACCAAAGUCAAGCUACUCACCUGACUGUAUUAAAGUGGUGUCUGUGUUCUACACAGUACUGGUCCCUAUGUUGAACCCCCUGAUCUACAGUCUGAGGAACAAAGAGGUGAAAGAGGCCAUGAGAAAAUGGAUGGCUAGAAGUCAUUGGUCAUUUUGA